AUGAACCCGACGGACUUUUGUGUGUUCCAGUCCUUUUCGUGUUUUUGCACGAUCCGUGGCGGUCAGCAAUGUUUGCCAGUCUAGGUGUGUAUUUCGCUACGUAGAAGCGUGCUGACGUAGCCAACGGCGAGAGCUGCCGCGAGCAUCUCCGUGGGCAAUUCCGGCCGGCGGAGACGCGUACCCGCCACCGACCAACCGGUUUUGGCGCGACGGCUUGCGAUUUCGACGCGCAUGCACUUGUCUGUCGGCGUGUCUGUAUCUCUGAUCCUCUUCGACGUUCUUCGCCGCCCCCAGCCACCGCCGACGCCGACGUCGACGCCGACGCUCCACCCUUUCCCUUUCCAAAUAGAAACCGUUUCUUGUAGGAUGAUGCACUUUUCUUUUUUUUAUUCAUCUUCACUCCCUUUUUUGUCGCAAGGCCUUCAGGCUUAACCCUCAUUCGAACGUUUUUUUUUCAUUUUGGGUUUUACGUUCCGUCUGCCUUGCGAGCAGCUGCGCGGCAAUGAGUUAUGUGGCGCAUUCGUCUUUUCUAUUUCGAAAAUCCAGCCACGUUUGCUUCUUUCGGUUCAACUGAAUAGUAUUCGUCCCAACGAAUUUAAAUAUUUUUUUUCCUAACUGUAUACUCUGGACAAAGUUUUCUGACAUUAUUUAUUGAAUUUUCCGAUCAAUUUGUUUUCUAAAUUCACUUGUGUCUGUAUUAUCAGGAAGUCUGAAUCAUGAAAGUUUAAAUAAGAUAUCUUUGCUUUCAGACUUGUUACUGAAGCGAUGAUAAAUUAUCAUUUUAUCUGAUCAGAAUAAAUUUCUACGACAGUUCGAUCGAAAUAAUCUCAGAAAAAAUUUUUUUUCAAGUUUUUCAAAGCGCUUCUCAGCAUUUGAACAAAAAUUCGUAUUUUUAUUUCGUACUCUUUCUAAUUUUGCUGAAUUAUAGAGAAACAGGUAGAUUUUUUCAAGUUUUCAACCAUAGAACAUUCCUGUUUCAUACAUUUUUUUUUUGAAUAGAAAGUAGUUGGAAAAAUAAAAAAAAAUUUUCCAAGAGAAUUCGAUUAUCACAAAAAUGCGAAACGAUAUUUGUUCAAAAACAUGGAAGCGAGAAUUCUCAUCUUUCAGAAGAGAAUCUGCAUUCCCAAGAUGAAAUGACGGCCAUUCCAUCAUUUUCUGAUCAAGGUUGAUUGAAAUCUGCAGAAGAAAUCUAUCGCGACCGACAAUUUUUUAUAUCUUUCGCAUCAAGAAAGCUCCACGAACUUUUGUGGAAAAUUGAUAUUAAAAAAUUUUUUGCAUUUUCAUAUCGAUGGUUUCAAAAGACUUAUGGGAUACUUUUAAUUUUUGAUGAAUUUUUAGCGUACUAAAAACAGCUAGUUUGAUGAUGGUAGCGCAGUAAAGUUCAAAAUUUCUUUGGAGUGAGGGAAAAAAAAUACUGUUAGAAAAAAAUUUGCAUUCAAAAAAAUACAAUAAAUUUCUUCAGCGUUUGAAAAAGAUUUUAUCGUAAAAAAAAGAAAAAGCACAUAAAGGUGAUGAGUCAGAAAAAAGGAUCUGCUUGAAAAAAAGCUCCUUAAAAACUGUGAAGUCAUACGGUUACUUAAAAUGACUAGCGCAUCUUCAGAAGUUAAAUUUCUGAUGUGAUGAAUGAAAAUAUUUUUUUUUCAAAUUAGUUUGAUUAUUUAAAGAAACCCUCGAAAAGGAAGAAUCGGGAAAGUGCGAUGGUCGGGUGCAGAACACACCGUACGGGGUCUCUGCAGAUUGUUUGCACUUUUGGUUCAAAAGCACGCGUGAGUCUGCGGAUCGUUUAACCGUCUGGAGGCCUCUCAAAGGCGUCGCACCUUUCUCAACACGAAGUUCCGUCGCUUUCCCCAGUCCCUAAAGCUUGCAAUCCAAAUCUGUCUUUCAUUCAAUUUUUUCUCACAAUUUUUUCAAAUAGAAUCCACCUGCCUCUGGCAUUUGAAAAUUGUUGCAUUUUCUUUGAUUUUUUGAGAAGCAAAUAUUUUCGAUAAUUUUGAAUUUUCAUUCAAAUUGUGUCUAUUGACAGACCUACGGGGAAAAAAACUAUCCUGGCCUCACUUCCAAGUCUGUACUCAAAGAAAAGUCUUUUCUUUUUUUUUCAAAUUCAGAUAUCCUUACAGUGGAUAGAAUUAACUAAAAUAACUUUUUUUAGUCUUAACAACUUUUUUCCUUACUCAAAAAAGGUCAAUCAAGAAUUAAAAAUCAAAAACCAAUCUGCAGGAAGUAUUGUUAGACCAUCAAUCCGUAUUUCUAAAAAAACUUCUGAACUAUAAUAAAGAAUAAAUUCAGAACAAAUUUUUGAAAAAUUUGUCUUUUUGAGAACCCUUUUAUCUAAAUUCUGGCUUGAAACAACCCAUAAUCUUGAUAAGAGCGCAGUCUUUUAUUUUCGACUAUCAAUCACUGUUUUCUUCAAAUUUGUCAACUAAAUCUGUAAAAAAGUUUUAUUAUUAGGUGGGACGUUCAUUUUCUACUCUUAAUUAGUUUGAUUAUUUUUGAGCUACGAAAAAUAAUAACGAAGGACUGUCCGACGAGUUCGUCUGCAACUUUAACGACGGCCUUCCAAAAUUUUCCCCUUGCGCAUUUUACGAUAGAAACAGACGGAUCGCGUUGGUUACACCGCCUUGGUCCCAACGUAGCAACUUGCGUCAGUGUUCGCUUUACGGAUCCUCCCUUGUUGCUAAGCUUCGGUCGGUUCGUUAAUUAGGUUAUUGUAGGACUAGUGCUGGAUCUCCAUGUUGUUCCACGCUCCUUUUCGGAUCAGACACUUUGUGAAACCAAAUUACUUAUUUUCCUUUCGCUAAUAUAUCGACUUCUUGCAAGGAUCUCACACAAAGUUUGAUGCGAUUUUUCGAUUUUUUGGGCGUUAUCCCGUUCGUCAGAAAAGUAAAAACGAAAAGAGGGUUAAAAAAUUCUUUAAAAUGUUACCAAGUAGAUUUUUUUUUUGAAUUUAUUUUUGUUUCAAUUUGCUUACUGAAGCCUUGAAAACAAGAAAAUAAUAUUUUUCUUUUGAAAUAUUGGCUCUGGAGAUUUCCAAAAAGCUAUUCAUAUACCUGCGUCAUUUAUCCAUUCCUUUCUCGAAAGAUUGACGUUUUCUCAAUUUUCUUUCGACAGUGUAAUUGAUGGCUAUUUAUUUCCUGAAGUGAUAAUUAAAUUUUUGUCAUAUUUCAUGUUUCUCAACGCUUUUUAUUUUCUGUUUCUCAAGAAGAUGAGCACUUUCAUUUGAUUUGUUCAGCCAUUUUUCUUUUCUCCACACUUCUUUGAGAACAUCGUUUUUGCUCGUUCUGAUCAUACCGAGUCUUUACACAUUGAAUAGCACUUCAGCUGGAGGGCGUCUGUCCUGACUGUACGUCUCGCUUUCUUGCGUCGAUGAAAGCGACGACCGACGGCCGGAUGAUGGAACGCGGAGCCCAGGAGAUGUACGGAGUGCCGGAGCAGCCAGUUCCGCAGGCUCACGUCCACUGUCCCUACGCGGAGCAGCUUCCGCCGCUGCCUGGGCUUUCUUGGCCGCCGCCGUUUGAUCCGCAGUCGUUGAUGGCCGCCGCCACGGCUCAAGCCCAGCUCGCCACUCUUGCCUUGGCUGUGGAUCCGCUUGUGUUCUCGCAGUACCUUGCUGCACAGCCCAACUUUUCCAUGCCACUUUCUCUGCAGCAGCAGAUGCCUGAACCACCGAUUCACAAAAAAGGUAUUUUAUUCAGAAGAAAAUCGCACUCGUGCCACACUGGUUUUUAAAGCAAAUCAAAACAGACAACUUUUUUUCGAGUUUUUUUUAUAUCUCUCAAAAUCAUUCCAAAAUCAACUCAAUUAUUCAUUCUUGCCAAUCUAUACGUUUUUUUUUUCCAGACACUGUCAAUCGUAGUUUUCCCAAAGGUUAUUUCCCUUCUGACGUCAAAAGAUACAAACCAGGGUCUUUGCGCCAAAAGCUGGGCGUUUUUUGUAUUCACUUGCUUCACCUACCGGCUCUUUUUCUCCUAACAUUGAGAAAAGAAUUUUUCGCAGCAUUCACAAAUUGAAAGAAAUUGAUGAGUUCAUUAUUCACCAAAUUAUUUCAAAAAAAUAAGAAAUCAGGUCUGUUUUUCUGUUUUCCAAUAAUUUGGGGAGAAAGUCUAGAUUUUUACCGUAAGAGAAAUAUAAUGUUUCGUAAAACUUAUAAUUGAAAGUUUUUGUAACAUCAGACAUCCGUCUCGCGACAUUUAGGAGCUUCGCUGACGGAAAACAUUCCUCAUCAUUUUUUCAUUUCUUUCCGGCGCGUCUGUUUGAUUUAUGUUAGUCGUGUAAGUAGCGUAACAGCCACCUUACUUGAACUUUUUUUCAUUAUAAACGGCUGUCAUCCAACUCAUUUCUGAAAAAGUUGGUGGUUUUGAGUUUUUAUUCUUUCUGAACCAAAUAGGGAAAUUUCUGGAGAAUUCGAAGAAACUUAGCAGCAAUUUACCUUGAUUUUGUCUGGUUGCAGCUUUGAAAAAAAAAACCCGCUUAUGCUAUGUUUACCGUUAGCUUGGAUCAAAAAAAGAACGAUGAAAUUCCGAAGAUUUUCUUCAUGCUGAUCAAUCCCGAUCAUCUUUCAAGCUAUUGAACUCUAUUCAAAGUUCGAUUCUGGUUCUGAAUUCGGAUCGAUAGCUGUUCUUUCAUUUUUUGCGCUUAGAGUGCAAGCGCCCUUAGCGCGAGUGAGAUGAAACUGAAAACGAAACGACAACAAUUAAUCGCGGUAUGGGGCUAGCUGGAACAGUCUCCGGCGUCCUGAGAACGCCGUGCGUGAGAUUCUGUAUAUCUGUACGUGAGUGUAGUGUGGGAUAAGAGCGUGUCUGUGAGCGUGUCUGGGGGCUUCUGUGAGCGAAGUUCCUGCCAGCCUCAUUCAAUCGUGCGCGUAAACGAGUUUCCGUCCCCUGGCUGCAUCUCCUUUCAAAUCGGCCUCGUCGAACUGAUGCGUUCCUUGGAAGCCGGCCGUUUGAAGAGAUAUUAA